UUCUCCCGCCUGAGCAUCAAGAAGUGUUUGCAUAGAAAUCAGUUUUGAUCUACACUGAGGUGUUCUUUCUUCUAUCAUGGAGAACGGCACACAUCUGGGUUCUGCAUGGCAGGAUUCCCCUGAAGUUCCAUCUCUCAUCAAGCAUAUAUCAUCAAAUGAUGUUGCCGGCUUUGAUGACAUGACUAGCUUAACGAAAGAUCAGUGUCAGACAAGUGAAUCUGAAUCUCAUAGUCCAUCAAAUGAUGGGGACGAAACUGAGCCCAUCUACCAUCGUCAAAGGGUGCAUUCUGUUUCUAUCAGCAUGCCUCAAUCUCCUGUUGCAGUUCACUUACAGAACACCAGAAGAGUUCUCUUCAGUAGUGACACAAUUUUUGAAGAUGGAAUUCCGGAUGCUUCUGUUGUAUCCGGUGCUGCUUGUGGCGAACCACCAAAACAUCAUUCUCAGCCAAUACGAACAGCCGCUGCAUAUAAUGAGGCAAUUGGUGGUGGACAAUUUUCCUACCACCAGAGUAUUAGAAGGUUGAAGGACAAGAGAUAUGAUUCUUUCAAAACAUGGUCUGGGAGACUUGAGAGGCAGAUCACACUACUACGUGGAAAGUCGCCACCGGAAUCUAAAACUGAGGAUGAGAAAGUGCCGAAUAGAGAAGUUGAAAAAAAUUUACCUGUGCACCGCUACUUUGAUGCCCUGGAAGGGCCAGAGCUUGACACCCUUAAGGCUUCAGAGGAAAUGGUGCUACCGGAUGACAAGACAUGGCCAUUUCUUCUGCGUUAUCCCAUCUCUUCAUUUGGUAUUUGUCUUGGUGUUAGCAGCCAAUCAAUUAUGUGGAAAGCCCUGGCCACCUCUGCCCCUGCAAAAUUUCUUCACAUAAGCCUGAGAGUGAAUCUCGUUUUAUGGUGCAUUUCUAUUGCUCUUAUAGCCACUGUUGCUUCCAUCUAUCUUCUAAAAAUGGUAAUCUACUUCGAAGCAGUUCGCCGCGAGUACUACCACCCUAUCCGUAUCAAUUUCUUCUUUGCCCCAUGGAUAUCCCUCUUGUUCUUAGCUCUGGGAUUGCCACCUUCAGUUGCUAAUAACCUGCCUCCAGCUCUUUGGUAUGUUCUCAUGACACCAAUUUUCUGUCUUGAGCUUAAGAUCUAUGGACAGUGGAUGUCAGGAGGCCAAAGAAGGCUCUCAAAGGUGGCCAAUCCUUCAAACCAUCUGUCGGUUGUGGGGAAUUUUGUGGGGGCAUUACUUGGUGCAUCAAUGGGGCUAAAAGAAGGUCCUAUAUUCUUCUUUUCUGUUGGUUUGGCUCACUACAUGGUCCUAUUUGUAACUCUCUACCAGAGACUCCCAACAAAUGAGACACUCCCAAAAGAGCUCCAUCCAGUAUUCUUUCUGUUUGUGGCAGCACCAAGUGUUGCUUCAAUGGCAUGGGCAAAGAUUCAAGGAACAUUUGAUUAUGGUUCACGGAUUGCUUACUUCAUCGCUCUCUUCCUUUAUUUCUCACUGGCGGUUCGGCUUAAUUUCUUCCGAGGAUUCAAAUUCUCCCUGGCAUGGUGGGCCUACACUUUCCCAAUGACUGGUGCAGCCAUAGCAACCAUCAGGUACUCAAAUGAAGUCAGAAAUGUAAUAACACAAGCCAUGUCUGUCAUACUCUCAGCCGCUGCUACACUUACAGUCACUGGUCUGCUUAUAACGACCAUCUUGCAUGCCUUUGUUCUCCGAGACCUUUUCCCUAAUGACAUGGCUAUUGCCGUCAGUGACCAAAAGCCAAUACCACAGAAGAAGUGGUUCCAUCUAAGACAUGGUAGCUCAGAUUCCAAAGAUAUUGAACAGUACUUAAAAUUUGCAGGCUCAGAUGGCAAAGAUUUAGAAGCCUCUCUAAAACAUCAAAACUAUUGAAAGUAGAGAAGCUUAAACUUCUUGGUCCAUGUUUCAAAGGCCUUGAGAGGUUGGUGACGUUCAAUGACUACUUUUGCUACUCACAUGCAUGGGAGGAACAAAAUUUAGAGUUUUAGAAGUUCCAGUGAACAUGUGUACAGAGAGAAUUAAAAGUUUGAGUACUAAUUAGAGGAUAGUGAAGCACAAUCAUUAGCUCAGUUGAAUAUUGUAAGAGAUGGGUUUGGGUAAAGAACUUAUACAGGUAUGUUUUACACUAGA